AUGUCCUUGACCCUCAGCAGAGCUGAUGUUUCUGGAUCCAGAGAUGAAGCUUUAUCAAGUGUCCAUAAUCAAGGGUUUGAAGUAGUAACUCGCUCGACUACAGACAUCGCUGCAAGUUCGACCACAAAUACAUUGAUUGAUCAGUCAAGCGAUCCGUUACUGUCUUCCGCCGUUCCAGUUUUUACAGGUGCAAACAUAGGAUCUAUCUGCGGGUGCACAUUCCAAAUAUUUCACGGCAAUGUGAAAAUUGUCCAGAAUGAAAGGAAGCGUCGGAGAUGUUAUCGAUAGCGAUGAGGACGAUUGACUUUGAAGUUAUUUUUUAUCAACUUUGUCCAGUUUUAAAUUAAUUUUCACAGCUUCACUUGACACUGACUUGAUCCAUAUUUUGUAACCAAGAAAAUAUUGUUUGAUCGACAAGAAACCCUUUCUCGAGUUUUAGAAUCAACAACCGCUUUUGUGAGAUUCCGUUACAAAGCAUUUUUGAAGUUUUGUUGAAGCCAAUUUUAGACGAUUUCACAUUCAAUAAAUUUGUUUUUUGAACUCGUGGAAGCUUGCUUUUGUCUGAGUUGCGCGCGUCAUCACGAAUAUGUCACGGCGGAAACCCUUUAAGUGCAAGCCACGGGAUGUGCAUUUUGCUAUCAGAAACAGAGUGCCAUAUAAUAAACAACUUACUAAACCAAGCUUGCUUGUUCCCCAGUACGGCCCGAGCAAGCUCGGUUAGUAAGCGGCUAAUAUACAUGAUUAAAAUAAUCAAUAAUACUGUAAAAAAUAUAGCUUGGUCAAUAUAAAAAGUGUGUGCUAAGAGAUAAGAAAUUAAAAUUAUGAGGCAAAGUACUCGGUCAGCAUCUUUUUACAUUUAAAACUAUUUACAGACGUGGCACUUUUAACGUAUCUGGGUAAAGAAUUGAAACAAAUAGCCCCUGUACAUACUUAAAAGUUCUUUUGCCCAUGUUACGUUUAGGCUUUGGUGGGUGCAGGUCGUUGCGUCUCCUAGUUGCAUGAUCGUGUAAAUCCGCAUUCUUUGUAAAAUAUUGUGUAAGAUACUUGGGUAUUAGAUUAUUUAAACACUUAAAAACUAAAAUGCAUUUAUGCAUUUUUCUUCUGGAAGCUAGAUUCAACCAGUUUAGCACACUGAAAGUGUCAUUUGAGGCGUUCCUCUGUAAUAUAAUUCGAGCUGCGCGGUUCUGAAGGCGGUGUAACUCACGAAUAGUCAAAUAAUGGCUGCAAGAGGCUUCCAGCGUGAGGCAUGAUCGUAUACGAGACAAAAGCCCUAACCUGCUACUGACUUUGCUGCUUACAUACUCGACGUGAUAUUUCCAAGAAAGGUUCUCAUUUAAAACAACACCUAAAUAGCUAAAUUUAGCUACUCUUUCUAAAGUCUUUCCGUAUAACUGUAAACAAAAAUUUGGUGAUUUGGCAAGAUUCUGCCAACUUCCAAAGAGCAUUGAUUUUGUUUUACUUUGAUUAAGGAUAAGCCUGCUACCUUCCAUCCAUUGUACAACUCGAUUUAAAUCAUCUUGUACUAUCCCAGCUAUCUCCGAGGUGCAAAGAUUCGUAAAAUACAACACAGUAUCAUCGGCAUACAUAUUGAUAGAACAGUUUUCUAAACACUGGGGUAGGUCAUUAACGUAUAAAACAAAAAAUUGAACCCUAAGGGACGCCAAAUCGGAUGGCUCUUGUUGAGGUCAUGUCAUUUCCAAAUUGCACUCUUUGAGUUCGUGUGGUAAGAUAGUUCCGGAACCAGCCCAGACUCCUUCCUCUGACUCCGUAGUGUUCUAGCUUAAAAAGCAAACGUUUAUGGUAAACACAGCUCCUGUAAUCAUCUGCCUAUCCGUAUGUUCCAAAAUAUAAUAAGUGAGGUAAACUACCGCAGUUUUAGUAGAGUGCUUCUUUCGAAAACCCGAUUGGUAGUCUGACCAUAAGUCAUGUUCUGUUACAAAAGCCAAGAAUUGUACUUGAAUAGCACACUCCAUAAUCUUUGACCUCAGGGGAAGAACUGAGAUUGGUCGGUAAUUAUUGACGUCUUUCCUUGCUCCUGAUUUAAAAAUACGUGUUACUCUUGCAUCCUUCCACUCAGCCGGAAUAAGUCCUGUUGAAAUAGUAAGGUUAACCAGAUAUGUGAUCGGUUUAGCUAUAACUGGAGCUGCAUCCUUCAAAAGUCUCGCAGUGAUACCAUCAGGACCCGAGGCUUUAGUCACCUUGAGUUUAGAUAGCUCCUUUAAAACAAAGUUAGUUGACACCUUUUGAGGAAAAAGUUUUGCGCAACUCUAGGAGUUAAAAUAUUGGGCAGGGUGGUGUUACUUUUGUUAUGACCACAAAGUUUCUCAGCAACUGACGUGAAAAACUCGUUAGAUUUUCAGAAGCUGAGGCAUUCGCAGUUUUGUGUUGCUUCUUGUUUGGUAAAGUCUCGUUCAGAGCUUUCCACAAUUUACGCGAGUCCUAGUGGCACUAGCUCAAUAGGAGGCUGGUUUGACUUUAUAAGUAGGCAGAAUAGGCUAGGCUGCCUUGUAUAACUGUAAAAUGAAAAACGUAUAUUUAUUAUAAAGACUUUUGUUCUGAGGCCAUCGCAGUUUAAUCAAAAGGUAAACACGAACAGCGGUAAUAAAUAUUGUUAGCUUUUGCAUUUUUAUAUAAACUUGACGUUUCGUAUACUAAAUAGUUAUAAUGGUUUUCUUUUUCUUUUUUUUUUCUUAUUCCUCGCGAAGCGCCGAGCGAUGUGAGUUUAUAAUCUCGUCGCGCACGAAGCGCGCUCGCAGUUUGUGAACCGCGCGUGGGUCCUAGCGAGCUGCAAACUCGCAGCUCUCAUCUUUACUUGUAUAUAUCCGAUGGUGUCCGCCAUGACGUCAUACAGUAGUUUGACGUCACGGCGCAUUUUUGUUUCUAGGCAACAUUCGACCGAAAGCGAUUUCGAAUUCCCAUCAAUGACCAAAGCACUCAUGAAAAGCUGUCUUUUCCUUGUCUGCAAAACAAUGUUUACUAUCGAUGAAUCUCAAGCCAUUUCUCAUGCAAACAGAACAGCAAACACAAGAACGCCGAAUUGUCAAUCCUCGCAGGGGAAGAUUUGACACCGAAAGAUCCUCUGGAGCGAGAACGCCGACUUCAAAUUCAACGGCGCAAGCAAACAAAGAUGGAUGGAGAUGGCAGCAACAAACAGCGGAGCAGAGAGAACAUCACUCAAUGA